AUGGACAACACUCCCAAGGCCCGGCUACCUCCCGAGGUUAUCAUGUCAAUCGUUGAGAGUUUGAUUCCAGAAACUACCUCUCAUAGUCGGCCGAUUUUCCCCGCCUCACAUCUCGUCACAAAGACGCUCCUCGACUUGAGACUGGUCUCCAAAGCAGUUUAUUCUAUCGCAUCCCGGCUCCUUUGGCAAAAUUGCCUCCGAAUAGAAUCGACAAAAACUCUGCACCUUUUUUGUGACUUCAUCUCGCGGGAAAGUGUCACCGGUCGGAUGCCGUGCGAAGCGUAUGGCUCUACUAGGCUAUUUCUUGCUCCCUUCAACAGCCCCUCUUUUUGCCUCCGUUGGGGAAACCCCACCGAUGGAGAGGCACGCGAAGAAGCUAUCAAUCCCUCAGUGGACAAGUAUCCUCCCUGGUUUCACGCACUCAAGGACGAGAAGACAGCCGAGGCUGUGAAGAAGGUUCUUAUCACAUUGGCCCCAGUUCUCAAAGCUAUCAUUGUGGACCUGCCUCUUAAGUCUCUAUAUCAUGAAAAUUACCAUCCAGUCCAAAAUCUUCUGAGAGAAGGGUUUGAGGCGCUUGUCAAUGUCGAAGAGCUUGUCAGCAUUUAUGGUGAGCUUUCUUGGGACAUCGCAUGGGACCGCAGCGAGCCAGAGAUUUGGACCAAAUGGCCAAAGCUCCAGCGUUUAGCUCUCCACAAUGUCCAGAAUGGACCUCAACUGUGGAAGAACAUGAUCCUAUGCCCUGAAUUGGAAAUGGUUGUUCUUCCACAUGCGGAUUUUCGAGAUUCACAGAUGGAGCCGACUGACGUGUCUGCCGUGAACAUCAAAGACGACUGGUCUAGAGCGUGGACCGAAGCGACCUCUCAACAGACAAUGAGUUUCGAGGACAGAAUACCAUACCAGGGACGAGAAGUCCUCAUAGCGUUCUGUGAAUCGCUCACUGGCCUUCCCAGUUUCGACGCAUUUACCGAUAGUUGGGAAAGGCUGGACCCAGAUAAUCGCAUCUGUAUCACGGCUAUGCCACCCUAUCAGCAACACCACCCGGACUACGAGCACAAUCUCAUGAUUUUACGCAGUACCUGGAUGAAAGACCGUGCUUUGAGGGGCUUACUGUGGGAUGAUGUAUAUAGGUACGCUGUGGUUAAUUUGGAAGAGUGA